AUGGCCGUGCGCGCUUCCGCCGUUGACCCCAGCACGAGUCUGGAGGCCGAAUUGAUGCUGGAGACACAAACCGAGCUGCUGGGGCGCAUCGCCCGUACCGAGGAGAACCUGAAAAGAUUGGGAACGUCAAGGCUCACAAAAGGUACAGUGGAAUCUCGCCUUCAAACCCUUGAGUCGAACUGGUCGAAGUUCCAAAAGAACCACGACAUCAUUCGCGCCAAGUUCCGACAAACCCUUGCGGAACAUGAGUACUUCCGAUCAAAUCGCCUCGCUGCCGCCGAAGAUAUGGUUGUCGAGCAGCGCGGGGUCCUCUUGGACAUGCUCGAGUCUCUCCGUACACGUGGAGACGAUCGGUCGGGCCACCCCUCCGCCGUACCGCCGGACGGCGGGUCCCGGCGGAAGCCUCCGCACAUCGAGCUUCCGCAUUUCUCCGGUCACAUCGAAGAUUGGCCGGCCUUCCGAGACCUGUUCGGCUCCAUACUGGCUCAGCAUCCGGCAUUGACCGACGUGGAACGCCUGCAUUACCUAAAAACCAGAGUGCAGGGUGAAGCGGAGGAACGUAUCCGAAAUUUGCCUACCAUCGGUCCGAACUUCCAGCGAGCGUGGGCUAUUCUCGAGGAACGAUACGAAAACAAGCGCGUCCUAGUGCGCUCGUGCCUUUCCGCCUUCACCGCGACCCCGAAGAUGAAGGGCGAGUCCGUGGCAGACUUAAAGCGCCUGGUCCACUGCAUGCUGCGAACCGCGGGAAAUUUGGAGAGCAUCGGCCGGAAAACCGCGUACGACAACGACUUCUUCGUGCACACUGUAAUUGAGAUGCUGGAUGCUAGGUCCCGCCGAGAGUGGGAGGAUGACGCGAGCAAUUUCCGGGAACCACCGACAUACGAGGACCUCCGCGAGUUCCUCGAGCGCCGCCUGCGAACGGUGGAGGCGCUCAGUUCCGCGAAGGGCGAGGCUGGAGCCACGACACCCGCCAAGCCGACGACCGGGUCCUCUCGAGCGGUUUGCUCGAACCUGGCGCAGAACCAACAAAGGAAAGGCCGCUGUCCUGCGUGUCAGAAGGACCAUUACGUCUUGCAGUGCAGCGACUUCCAGAAGAAGACGCCCGCCCAGAGGAAAGAGUUUGUGGAGGGCCACCAGUUGUGCAUCAACUGUCUGGGUCGGCACCCCUUGUCGGAGUGCCAGUCGAAGAAGUCAUGCUUGGCGUGCAGCGCGCGACACCACACUACCAUCCACGACGCAUACUCCAAGGCCAGCCCUCCGGGUGACACCACCGCGUCGUCUCACCACGUACAACAACAUGAGGAGAGAGCAGCGGCAGUCUUGCUGGCCACAGCCCGUGUCAGGGUGACCGACAUGUACGGCGAUCAACACACUGCCCGCGCGCUGAUCGACCCUGGGUCCGAGCUCUCACUCAUCAGCGAGACCCUCUCGCAAAGACUACGUCUCCCACGCCUGCCAGCCUCGGUCUCCGUAUACGGUGUUGGCGGCCAGCGGACCGGAGCCACCCGCGGACGCGUCAGCCUGGAAAUGAGCUCAUCCACCUCUACCUUUACUUUGCGCGUCUCGGCCCUCGUUCUUCCGCGUAUCUCGGCGUAUGGAACUCGCGUCGCGGCGACCCCGGAUGACUGGCCCCAUCUUCGCGACUUGAGUCUAGCCAACCCCGACUUCCGCGCUGGCGAUCCAAUCGACAUCCUCCUGGGCGCCGACGUAUACUCCACCAUUAUCGAGGACGGUCUGCGCAAGGGCGGCCCCCGAGCUCCGAUUGCCCAGCGCACCGCCCUGGGCUGGAUCCUUUCCGGUGUGGUCGACGCCUCCGCGCUCGUCGCUACCGUGUCGGUUCACCAGUGCCACUUGGGCGACGCUAACCUUAGCGAGCUCGUGCGGCAAUUUUGGCAUCAAGAGAAGCUUCCCGGUGGGCUGCCACUUCUCACGGCGGAGGAGCAGCAGUGCGAGGACUUUUACGCCACCUCUCACACCCGCCAGCCUGACGGUCGGUACAUGGUGCGCCUCCCGGUGGCCCCCGGGUUGGCCCCGCUGAGCGGGACCCGUCGCGCCGCCGAGCGCCUGAUCCGCUGCAUGGAGGGCCGCUUCCGGAGCGACCCCGAGCUGCGCCAACUCUACCACACCUUCAUGGGUGAAUAUGAGCAGUUGAGCCAUAUGGUGGCGUGCCCGCCACUGGACGACGCGUCGAGGAGACUCUGCUACCUGCCUCACCACGGUGUCCUCAAGGGGAUCCCGACUGCGAGGAAGAUUCGGGUGGUCUUCAAUGGCUCCUCCCGCUUGCCGACAGGCGACUCCCUCAACGCUUACCUCUCCGUUGGUCCGAACCUUCUGCCGGCACUGGCCGACGUGCUAUUGAGAUGGCGCCAGUUCCGGUUUGUGCUGGCUGCCGAUGUGGAGAAAAUGUACCGCCAGAUCCUGGUGCAUCCUGAGGACCGAGACCUGCAAAGGAUUUUAUGGCGAUCAGGCGCCUCCCGGGAUGUGCAAGAAUAUCAACUGUGCACCGUUACUUACGGUCUGGCGUGCGCGCCCUUUCUCGCCAUCCGGACGCUCCGACAGCUGGCCACCGACGAGGAGACGCGCUUCCCGCACGCCGCUGUCGCGCUCCGUCGCGACACUUACAUGGACGACAUCAUGACGGGAGCGGACACUCUUGCCGAGGCGCAAUCCUUGAGAGACGAGCUGGUGGGUCUCUGCAGCGCCGGGGGUUUCCCCCUCCGCAAGUGGGCGGCUAACUCUGAAAAGGUCUUGCUGGGCGUUCCCCCCGACCAUCGCCAAAUUAAGGACCUCCGCGCCUGGGAAGCCGACGCGGACCAUUCGGCCUUGGGGCUGUUGUGGCAUCCGCGACGGGACUAUUUCAGCUUCCGGGUUCAACCUUUGGCAACGGAGCUCGUGACCAAGCGCUCCGUGCUAUCGCAGACUGCCCGGCUGUUCGACCCCAUGGGAUGGCUGGCGCCAGUGGUAAUCGCGGCCAAGAUCAUCAUCCAGACGCUGUGGCUGCAACACCUCGAGUGGGACUAA